UCCACAGCCCUCCUUCCCUUCUCCUCGCGCCCCGCCCCGUCCCGUUUCGUCCUGUACCCCUUAUCCCGGUCCGGGCCGCAGCAGAGCAGCGGAGCAGCAGGACGGAGCCAUGUCUCACGGGGGGCGAGUGAUCCGCACCGGGGUGAGCAGCGCAGGGCCAGCCGCGCCGCCGUCGGCCGCCGCCUCCUCAGCGGGUUCGGACGGGGAGCUGAUGGACGGCGCCUAUUUCCGCUCGUGUGCCGGCAUGCUGAAGGUGGCCCAGAUGAUCUCACUGCUGGUUGGAUUCAUCAGUGUAAAUAAUUCUCAGUGGACAGAUUACAGCGCAUACAGCUACUUUCAGAUUGUUACCAUGUGUGACUUGGUUAUGAUUUUGUUCUUCUACAUUAUCCACAUUUUCAGAAUCUACAGGACGCUCACUUGUGUUAGCUGGCCACUUGCGGAAUUUCUGCAUUAUUUAAUUGGUACAAUUCUUCUUCUCAUUGCAUCAAUUGUAGCAGCAUCAAAGAGUUACAAUUUGACUGGACUAGUGGCUGGAGCGACAUUUGGAUUCCUAGCUACGGUCCUUUGUGUUUUAAGCAUAUGGUCAUCCUACAAGGUUUCUUGCAUCACGCAGUCAACAAAUGCAGCUGUAUGACUCCUUCGUCUCAGCAAGAUGUCUGCCUUACAAAACACUGUACCAAAGAGGACCGUCCAUCACUGAGGAGAGAUUGUGGGUAUUUUGGUAUUAGGCUAGACAGUCAGUGGCUUUUGAAGAUCUACUUGAAGUCCUAUGCAAAAUAGUGUUAUGAACCAAAGUUUUUUGUUGUUCUCACCCAAAGAAGUUUACUUUCCCCAAAGAAGAAGCAUAUAAUGGAGAACCGGGUUUUUUUUCUGAGCUUUACAGAGAAAUGCUGCUUCUGUUUCUCGAGCUGGGCUGCAGUUAUUUCCAUCAAUUUGCAGUAAGUGCCUUUAAAACUCAUUUGGAGAGUUGUUUGGUUCUCUUUUCAAAGGGAUGGAAAAAAGGCUUCUGAUUUCCUCCAUCUGUUUACAGAAGGGAAAUACUGCAAACUUCUACCUGAUUCUUAAUUUCCAAGGCUGGUUUUUCAACAAAGGAACUGUUACAAACUGAUCUGUGAAUGGAUGAACUGACCCAAGUUCAGAACUAUGGAAUUUUUGUAACAGCAGCUCAGCCCACAUCAAAAAUUAUGAACUGCAACUUGUAUAAAUCAUUGCAAAUACUCCCUUGUAGCCCUGGCAGUACAUAAUAAAAUCAGAUCAAUCCAAAGUUACUAUUAAAAAAUUCUCUCACAGAGAUACGUACUCGAGAAUAAGCUUUAAUGGCUCGUGGGAUCUUUUUCUUUCCUUUUCUUAAAUACUUGUUGGUGGAAUGGACAUUUUGAAGACUUGUUCUGUAGGAAAUUUCUCUGCAUUUCCUAGAUAUUAUUCUCUUUGGAAUCUAAUAGUGUUUAUGGAAAGCCCAUCGCAAAUAAUGCAACAUGCUUCUUUCCCUCUCUUACAUGUGGCUUGCCCCUCCUGACUAUGCUGGGAUCCAUGUUUUCAGAGCCUGGACAGAGUUUUUUCCCACCUGAUAUUGUUGUGAAGCUGUUUGUAACCUUGAGAUGGAGAUAAUGCUGCUAUUUUCUUGGCACCUCUAUCUUUCUGAGCUUUUGCUCAGUCCAUUUCUGGUGAGCUGGAAACUCUUCGCAGAAAAAAAAAGUGAAGCUCAAGCCCUCUUCCUUGGUGCUCUUCCCUUUCAUGUCUUGCAUGUCUUGUUGUGAAGCAGAACUUGCACUUGUAAGUUGGUCUUUUCUGUGAGGACAAUUGCAGGACAGUGCAGCAGGUUUUGACAAAAAAAAAAGUAAUAAUAAUUAAAACAAAAAAAUAUAUAUAUAUAAUAUUCAUAUAUAUAUAUGUAUAUUUAAAUAUAUUUAAAUAUAUGGAUAUUUUAUAUGUAUAUAUGGAUAUUUUACCAGGUCCAGGCUGGAGGAAAGAAGCAUUUUCUGGCCUGCUGUUCAUUUUUCUACUUGUCUUAAAUUCUGCAUAAAUACUGCUGAUUAAUUUAAUGAUUGGUUUUCUGUGCCCCAUAGCACAUCAACAUGCAUUGCCAUUUCUUAUGUAUGGGUCUCUGCAUUGAUAUUUUAUUUUUUUUCACUUCUUGACCAGAGAAAUGGGCCAAUUUCUGAAGUUCUGUAAAAUCUCGAGAAAGUGAAAAUAACUGAGCAGAUAACCUGGAAAGUCAGGAAUCUCCCUUCUCGUGAUGCUUAGUUUCUGUGAUUCUUAUUGCUUUUCUUUCCAUAAGUGACUUAAAACAACACAGAACAGGAAACAAUUUGAAUGCACAGAAGUCUACUUCUUGUGGAUCAAGAAACCUGUAUUCACUCCAAGAUAAACUACUUCAGCAUGAAUAAAGAAGGUUAUUUAAAUGAAUCCAUUUACUUUGAUUGAAAAGACUGCAGAAGAUUAUGAAAUACAUAUGUGGUUCAAUUUUAUUUUUUGGCACUAAGGGUGCUUGUUCACAGGUUCCCCUGCCAAGACUGACUUAGCCACAGUUUUUGGAAAUCUGCACCCUGGCUUCAGUUUGGAUUGACGUGGUAGGUACUUAAGGAAACAAUCUCCUCUUUUAGGAAAGUGCUGUUUCUGAUGGUAGCACCGUCAGCUCUUGAGAACGCUGCUCGGAUAGGUACUAGGCACCUUCCACAGGCUUUGACCCAUCUUGGCAAUCCAAAGGAAAACAAGUGCUCGGCUGCGUGCAGCAUGACUGCAGCUGAGUGCACAGAGCUGUAGUGGCGAUGGGGAGAUGCAUCUGCCUAAGGCUGAGCUGGAGGAUGAGCUUGCGGUGAAGAAGAAGCUGUUUCAACGCUCUGCUGGAACCUUGCCCCCCUCCUUGCACUGCACACUCAUCUCUUUAUCUGUUUUUUUCAGCCUCCCACUUGACUCUGUCACUUGCUGCCAUGUGGGAGGUGGGGGGGGAGCCUUUACAGGCAAUUUCCUUCAGUCCAACCACCAAAGGAUUUCUGGAUGACGCUGUCUGAUCACUCAAAGAAUCUGUUUUGCUGCACUUGUUUACACUGGAUCAAGAGACAUAAAGUUCCCUUCUGGGUUUUGUGCCUAUCAACAGGCUUAAGAUAUGCCUGUAGCUUUUGCUGUUGUGACACUGCUGGGUUCAAAGACCUACCAGAAGCUCUUAAAGCAGGAUGCUUUCAGGCUGGAAAGCUGACAUUUAUGCUGAUAUAGCUUCCUCACUUCUCCCAAAUUCUUGUGAAACAUGUCUACCAGAAAAAAAGCACAGCUUUUGGUGAUAUCAGAACCUACUAGUAGACCUUUGAAUGACAGCUCUGUCUGACAGGGACUUUGACACAUCACUACUGUACCUAUGCCAGCAAAGGUGUUUCAACUUUACAUCAAUGUCAGCCUGGUUCUGAAAGCUCCAUCUGUCUUAGACUUUGUCAAAUAUGAGAUUCCAGCUGUUUUAAAAAUAAACUAUGUAUGUUGGCUGUUUGGACAAUGUAA